AUGCCGAGAAAAGCCCAGACCUGGGACGACUACGGCUCGGCUGUCACUCAGAUCAUCCUCGCGCCAUCCGACUCCGAGUUUCUCGACCAAUUGAUCCCCGUGCUGAAAGAUGCCACCACAAGCAGCCGUGUCGGUUCGCUCGUGCAGAGCCUCUCCCACUAUGCCGAGGAGCGCGAGGGUGACAUCGAGCGCAUCGGCCUGACCAAGCACGAGGAGUUCCUAGCCUCGGUCAACCAGCUCCAGAAGGUUCGCGAGGGCACCGUAGCCCUGACCGCCGAGAUCCUGGACCUCAACCAGUCCAUCCAGGCCAGCACCGAGAAGCUCGCCGAGCAGAAGCAGGCCCUCGUGAAUACCCGCGGCGUACGCCAAAACAUCACCGAAGUGUCCUCCGCUCUCGAGGAGUCUCUCAAGAUCCUGCAUGUCGUCAACAGUGCCCACGAACUCAUCCGGAAGAAGAAGUACUAUGCCGCUCUGAAAUCCCUUGAGGACCUCCAGAACGAGUACCUGGUGCCCAUCAUCCAGAACAAAUUCGCCACUCAGUACAAGCUUGCCGACAUGAUUCAAAAGUCGAUUCCCGCUUCACAGAAGCAGAUAUCGGAAGCCGUCAUGUCGGAUCUAAAAACCUGGCUAUAUUUCGUCCGCGAGUCGUCGCAGUUCCUCGGCGAGGUGGCCUUCUAUCACACGGAGCAACGGAGGGCCAGGCAAAAAGAGCGAAUGGAGGGUAAUAACUUGUUGAGUCGCUUCAAGUUGAACUCUGCCAUCGAGCUGGUCUUUGAUGAGAACGAUGAGUUCGAUGUCCUGUCAAACGACGAGAUCCAGGUCGAUUUCACGCCCUUGCACGAAGCGCUCCACAUCCACGAAGCCCUUGGGCAGGUUGACAGGUUCCGUGCCGAGUAUGCUGCCACUAGACGCCAACAGAAAGACUUGACUAUGCCGACAAACGAAAACCUCUUUGUCAAUGAUGAUGACGAUGCUCUCAAGGCGCUUCUGGAGAGUGUUGCCGGGUUUGCCAUCAUGGAAAAGGCUACUAUGCAACGCGCGCCCUUGGUGCGCUCAACACUUGAUGUUGACGAACUUUGGGACUCGAUGUGCCAGACCCUCAUCCGUUUCACUUCCAAGUCCUUGGAAAGCGUGAGCAACGCAGAGCUUGUAUUGAAGGUCAAAGACGAUAUGGCCCUCUUCAUCCAGACGAUGGAGGGCUGGGGUUAUUCUGCCUCGAUGCUGAACAACUUUCAACUUGUCUUGUUUCACAAAUACGCCGAGUUGUUGCAGCGCCAGUUUGGCGGACACCUUCAGGAGACGGUCUCCACGGAUGAUUACAUGCCCAUGAAUAUCAAAUCGCAAGAAGAGUAUGAGCAGGUUUACUCUGCCGUCCUCUUUGGUGAUGAGAUGCCUUCAGACGACGUCACCCUUCCCACGGUUCUGCCGUUCUCAAAGAUGUAUCCGCUAUGUUGCAUAUACAUCAGGAAGUUCGAGAAGCAGUUUCGCGACUUCACUCAGGAAAACUUCGAUCAUCCAAAUAUCGUUGACGAAACCCUUAGAAAGACUCUGGAUGAACUCCUCACCGACGUCGUGUGCCAAACCCUCGUGGAGCGACUGAACUCUCAAUAUCUGGGCCAGAUUGUCCAGAUUCUGACCAACCUCGAGUACUUUGAGGCUGCCUGUCAAAAGUUGGAGAGACUGUUGAUCCAAGGCCGGUCAUCCACAUCUGCCGGCGGUCCAGUGACUCUGAAAGCAACAGAGCUCUUCAGAAGUCACAAGAAGACGGCCGAAAAACGGAUAUUCGAGCUCGUCAAUUCCAAGAUCGACGACCUUGUGGACACAUCUGAUUACGACUGGACUGGGACAACCAAACCCACCCAACCAAGCAGCUACAUGGUGACACUGACCCGCUUCCUCGAAAACAUGAUGGGCUCCACCCUCCUCGGUCUUCCCCGCGAGAUCAAGGAGUAUUUCUACUUUGACGCGCUGAGCCACGCAGCCAACAAGAUCCUCGCACUCCCACUCUCCCCAGACGUGAAAAAGAUCAACCCCAACGGCGUGGCCGCCAUGGCGCUCGACGUGCAGUACCUGACCGACUUUGUCAGCAAGCUGGACAACGCCUUUAUGCUCGAGCAGAACCUGGACGAGCUGCAGCAGACGGUGGCGCUGAUGCAGUGCGACAACCCGGACGAGUUUUAUGACAUUUCGAUACGUAAUAAAAAGUACAGCCGUGUGGACGCCAUGAACGGGCCUGUUCUGCUCGAGAAGUAA